AUAUUGGUUUCAGAUCAUGAAUAUUGGUACGAGCAGGCGAGGAUUGCCUUGCGGAAGAGAUUGCAGUACGCCACGGACCGCAAACCCCACGCCAAGAACGUUAUCCUGUUCGUUGGUGACGGGAUGGGCGUAUCCACGGCAACCGCUGCGAGGAUCCUCCGGGGCCAAAGGCUGGGAAAACGCGGAGAAGAGCACGAACUCGCCUGGGACACCUUUCCUGCAGUCGCCCUUGCAAAGACUUACAACAUGGACGUGCAGAUCGGUGAAUCGUCUGCCUGUGCUACAGCCCUCAUGUGCGGCGUGAAGAGCAACUUCGAGACGGUCGGUCUGGAUGCCCGGGGUCGCUUUGAGAACUGCUUCUCGAGCUUCUCCUCAAGGGUCGCAUCCCUAAUUGAUUGGGCCCAGGAGUCCGGUAAAUCCACUGGGAUCGUGACAAAUACAAGGAUAACCCACGCUACGCCCGCCGCCCUCUACGGCCAUUCCCCGUCCAGGUACUGGGAGGACGACUCGAAAGUGCCGCCGGCCGCCCGGAAAUCCUGCAAGGACCUUGCCCGUCAGCUCAUCGAGAACGAUCCCGGCCGGAACAUCAACGUGAUUUUGGGUGGAGGUCGACGACACUGGCUUCCUAAGGUCGCAAACGAUCCCGAGCUGACGAAGGAGGAAGGCCGGCGCCUGGAUGGGCGAAACCUCAUCGACGACUGGGUCCGAGAUAAAAAGAAGCGAGGCUUAAAGGGCGAGUACGUCUGGAACAAGGGGCAGCUCGAUAAAGUCGACCCGAAUCAAAUUGACCACUUGCUUGGAUUGUUUUCGUAUUCUCACAUGGACUUCGAGGCCGACAGGGAUCCGGGCCCAACGGGCGAUCCCUCUCUUGCAGACAUGACCCGUUCGGCCCUCUCGAUUCUACUCAAGAAUCCCAAAGGAUUCUUCCUGUUUGUCGAAGGAGGCCGGAUAGAUCACGCUCAUCAUUACAAUAACGCUUACAGAGCAUUAGACGAGACAUUGGCGAUGGAGACUGCCCUUUUGGCGGCUUUGGCUUUGGUUAAUCCGACCGAGACCCUCCUCGUGCUCACAUCUGACCAUUCCCACGUGCUGACAAUGGGCGGACAGGCGACGCCUCGCGGCCAUCCCAUUCUUGGACCCGACAGCAAAGUCUCCGACGUCGAUGGUCAACCCUACACUAUGAUCCUGUAUGGCAACGGACCUGGAUUCAGCACUCCGCGCAUCAUACCAAUCAACACUACGACUGCCACUGAAGACCGAAACCAGAUUCACGGAUCCGCAGUUCCCAGACAAUGGGCCACCCAUGGAGGUGAGGAUGUACCGGUGUACGCAUUAGGUCCACUUGCUACAACCCUGUUCACCGGCACCUUCGACCAGAGCUACAUACCGCACGCCAUCGCGUACAGCGCCUGCCUGGGGGAGCAUCGCCUGCGGUGCCAGGGCUUCGAUAACUACACCGCAUCGCCGCCGGCUCCAUCAUGCGUGGCGCCCGAGGUGUCCAGCGUAUCUGCAGGAUCCCCGGUAGUCAUCGCCAGCAGCGUGAUGGCUGAUGACGGAUCGCACACCAAGUCAUCCACGUCAUCGCCGCCGGCCGCUUUUUGCCUGGUGCUCCUUCCUUUGAUCUCCAGCGGCCUCGUCUUCUUCGCGGCUACGUAAACGGCAGACAGCUGCCUUCAGUUAACCACAGUGUUUCGAAUGAGAGUUUCGCCGUUCUUUUAUACGGGUGUCAGGGUACCGUGACAAUACACGCCCAUCUUCCAUGCAACGUCCAUUCUAUCCGAAGAACGGACGCAGUGGAACUGUAAAUUGCAUUAUCUCUGUACAUAAUAUAUUUAAAAAGAAAAAGCAUCGAUGAGUGUGUACAUAAUCUAAUUCAUUAUGAUUCUAUUUAAUGACCAAAUUGUGAUUUUUUGUAUAUACAAGUAUAUGGUAAGUAGCGAAACGGAACGGUCGAGCAGCAGCAGCACAUUUGAACCCGCGCACGGAUCCAUCGAUAUCCACAUUCAAUUGCGUUUGUUAUACGUCGAACGAAACGUAAUCGACUACAAACAUACAGCAACAACCCAAAAAAAGUAAAGUAAAAUAUAAAAUAAAGAAAAUUAAAGUACAUAUAUUAUAAACAA